CCUACAGCAUUGUCAAUGACAAGUCAUAGCAUGCUUCAGUAAAGGCAAGAAGGAUUAAACCUGACUACAAUGGAGGAGUAGGGGGUGCUAAAGUUUCCAAAGUGUACAGACUUAGUUUUGAAGAACACUUAUGAGACCAAGAGAGUGUGUCAAAAUGAGUGGGCAGCAACAAGGGCAGAGGAGGAACUCAAAAACUGUUCUCUCUUCUCAGUCUGUGAGGGAGUUUACGUUCGGGCACCAGCCCUGCUGACGGCGCAUGUGUGAGAGCAAGAGAUCUCCAGUGUGUUUGGUCUACAACAAGGCUACAUAUUAAUGCGAGGGAGACAGCACAUCUUGUUACGUGUUUGAAGGUUUCAGUGGAGGCCAAUGUGAGAGGUGGCGAGAAUAAGCAUUGGCAGAGUUCCAUCCAGUCGGAGCUACAAUGUCGUCCUACAAUGUCAAACUGAGAAGAGCUGGAAUCGCUGACUAUGACACACAGAUUAAAGAGGUUCGCAAUCAGCUCUCUGAGCACCUACGUGUGUUUGAUAGUCAUUUGGAGCAGAAAACCCAAAUACUGCAGGAUCUGAGUGAUUAUCUGCGCAGACGUGGGGAGAUCGAGGGCGAGUAUGCACGCUCUCUGGACAAAUUGGCUGACAGGUUUGCCUCAAAGACCAAAAAGAAGGAGUCCAGUAGUGAGUCUGUGUUGAAGUGCUGGCAAGAGUUGUUGACUCAGACACGUCAUGAGAGUAAAGACCACAUCACACUGAGUGAGAGCUGUGGCACGACUUUACCCCAGCAUCUGUCUCACUGUCUAGAGCUCGUUCAACGCCUGGCUAAGAAAAGUAAAGAUAUUAGCACCCAAUUACAGGAUGGACUGCUGAAGGUCACAGCUGAGCUACAGAACACGCUGAAGACUUAUUCGCUGUAUCACGCUGAGUUCUUGUCGGCUGAGGGCAAGCUGAAAGAAGCCACCAAACAGGAAGAGAAACAGAAACUGUGUGCAGCCAAAAAAAUGGAAAGACUCAUCGAAAAAAGGCAGUGUAAAGUACAAGAGACUCAUCUGAAGUGCACCAAAGCACGGAAUGACUAUCUGCUCAACCUGGAAGUGGCAAAUGCCUCCAUGCACAAAUAUUACCUACAAGAUCUCUCUGCCCUGAUUGAUUUCAGCGAUUUAGGUUUCCAUCAGUCCCUGUCCCAAGUGCUCCAGUUUUACCUGUCCAGCCGCUCGCAGGCCCACCAGAACCUGGGUUCUGGAUUGCAGCAGUUGGGCGACACAUUGUCUGGUCUGGAUCAGAACCAGGACAGAGACACACUGAUAAAGGCUCAUGAAAUGGCUUUCUGCAUGCCACUUCGAUUUCAGUACCAGCCUCACGAGGGAGACCAGGUGUGUGAGGUGAGCGUUGAUUGUGAGGUGAAGAGUGAGCUUGAUACUCGAUUCCACCAGCUGCAGACUAGACUCAACACGGUUACUGCAGAAAAUGAAGAGUUGAGUAAAAUGCUGCAGCUCUCACAUUCUGCCCUGCUUGAGUGCAUCAGUGAGGAUAUCUUCAGGUCUGAAAACACCAGCCAAUCUACAGAGAACAUCUGUGAAACUUCUACCAAUAAGUUCAAUCAAGCAAGACGUCGAUCCAAUUUGCAAGAGACAGAAAUCUCAUACUCUGUGAAAUUUAAGGACCAUCUCAUUAAUGGCUUAAUAAGUUCAAAACUACAGGCAAAGCAUGACUUACUCCAAGUUGCAAUACAAAAAGCUGGGACUGUGGAUGGUCGGCAUCACAGAAUGCGUUCCAGGAGGUCUGUCCGUCAGAGGAAGAAUCAGCAUGCCACUCAGAUCAGCCAGAAGGCUUUCUCUCAAGACAUGCUCUCUUACAUCCAGGAACAUGGAGAACCAGUUCCUUUGGUGGUAGACAGCUGCGUCAGAUUCAUCAACCUUCAUGGCCUGCACCAUGAAGGCAUCUUUCGAGUCCCAGGCUCUCAGCUGGAGGUCAAUCGGCUCAGAGACCUGUUUGAGAAAGGAGAUGACCCCCUGGUCGAAGAAGAUUGUGACUUGGACUCUGUGGCUGGUGUGCUGAAGCUUUAUUUCAGAGGAAUGGAAAAUCCUCUCUUUCCUAAAGACAGCUACGAACAACUGAUGGAGUGUGGACGAAUAGAAGAUGAAUCAGAGAAAGUAGCACAGUUAAAGUCAAUUAUUCUUUCCUACCCUUCUCCACUAGUUGUGGUGAUGAGAUACCUGUUUGCAUUUCUCCACCAUGUCUCCCAAUACAGCGAUGAAAACAUGAUGCAACCCUACAACCUGGCUGUGUGUUUCGGACCCAGUCUGAUCAGAGGGCCUGAGGACGCAGAUGCUGUUACUCUCCAGCAUAUCAAUGCUCUUGUCAAAACAAUCAUUACCCAGCAUGAGUGCAUCUUCCCCAGCCAGAAUGAAUUAGAAGGACCUGUCUAUGAGACGUGCAUGACACUAGAGCCAGAUGAUAUUGAGGCUACUCCAGAGGAGUCAGAGGUGGAACCAGACAUGUCUCCUAACAAAGAAGUCAAAGAUGAGAUGGAAGGAGUGGCCUUGUUCGACUACACAGCCCGUUCCGCAGCUGAACUAUCCUUCAAACAGGGUGGGCGUCUCCGCCUUUUCCACAGAGCCUCUUCUGAUUGGUGGAGAGGAGAAGUAGAUGGUUCUAUGGGGCUUAUCCCAAAUAAAUACAUCCGUGUUCCAAGUAUGGAGGGAGGGCAGGAGCACAAAGAAAGUUGCACCAGUGGAAGCCAGGCAGAGGAGCAGCCAGCCGGGCCAACACAAGCACGGAUCAGAGUGUUCAGUGACAAGACGGGGCUCAGUUCCAGCCAAGCUCUUGCCGGGAAGAUUUCCUUACAGUUACCCACAACACAACUGUCAAGCACUUCUCCAAGGGCUUUGCGGAAAACGGACCCCCAGAUGAGAAGGACUACAGCGGACAGCGAAAGAGAGGAAGUCAAAAUACUGGUGGAUAAGGAGGUGUGUCAUCAGAUGAACUCUGUCUUCAAGGAGCUUCUUGUUCGCCAGCAACAGCAGGAUCAAGUCUCUACAUCUUCUAUCCCACCCUCCAUCCUCUCCUCUUCCUCUGGGCCCCCACAAACUUUCAUCAAGAGAGGAAUCACACCACAGAAAGGAAAAAGCACUUUUAAACCGACUGAACAGAUGAACUGAGAAAUGAGGGGAAUUAAUUCCAACACACAUUUAGACUGAAAAGAAGAGACAUGCACAAGCGGUCUGUUACUAAAUGCAAAAAAAGAGAACUAAAAUCUGUGUUCCUGUAAAGAAAUGGUAAUCUGUGGUUGUGAUUAGUUCCUCGUGAUAUUUAUUUUUUAAUUCUCUGAUAAAUGCAGUGGAGAAGUUUUCCCGGACUACUCUAUGAUCAUAUUACACGACUAUAGCACUGCUGUAACUUCCCUAUUUAUGACUGUGUUCAUCAAAUCUUCAGUGACCUAAUUCAGUUCAAUCAGCCUAAGUAGUAAUUUAUUUCCUUUGGCUAUUUAUUCUCCAAAUUGUCCAUGACAGUCUACAGAAUUUUAAUGUUCUGCAAUAAAACAUUAUAAACCUGUGAG